GACAUCUCAGCCCGCCUGCCUCGUUCUUUGUCAAGGCUCACCACCACCAUGGAUGACCUCACCCAAGCUCUCUCGGCCAACUUCGCCGUCUCGAAGGAGGCCAACAGCACAGCGGCCCCCCACCCACGGAUGGCCCAGUACAAGACCAAGUUCAGCGUUUUGGAGCAAAGCGAGCGACGGCGGCGCUUUCUAGAUCUGCAGAAAACGAAAAGGCUGAAUUAUGUCAACCAUGCACGCCGUCUGGCUGAUGGGGACUGGACAGGGGCAGAUAGUGAUGAGGAAGCAGUGGUUGUGGACAGAGAGGAGGAGGAACAGCAGAAGGAGAAGGAUGCAGAGGAUGAUGGGAUGGAGAUUGAGAGGAAGAAGUUGCCAAAGUACUAUGCCAACCAGCUCAUGCUGUCAGAGUGGCUAGUGGACGUUCCUCAGGAACUGGACACCGAUUGGCUCAUGGUGGUCUGUCCCGUGGGGAAGCGCUCUCUCAUCGUCGCCUCCAAGGGGUCCACUGCAGCAUACACCAAAAGUGGCUACUGUGUGAACCGCUUCCCUUCUCUGUUGCCUGGAGGGAACAGACACAACUCAGCAAUGGGAAAAGAUUACACCAUCCUGGACUGUAUCUACAGUGAGGUGGAGCGGACCUACUUCAUCCUGGAUGUCAUGUGUUGGAGGGGCCAUCCAGUGUAUGACUGUCCAACAGAGUUCCGGUUCUACUGGCUCCAGUCGAAAGUCCAGGAGACGGAUGGCAUGGCUGACAUUGCCAAGAGGAACCCUUUCAAGUUUGUGAGUCUUCAAAGCACUGCCUGCUCAACGGAAGCCAUUCAGCAAGCACUUGCAAUGGAGUACAACUUCAAUGUGGACGGACUUCUGUUUUACCACCGGCAGACCCACUACACCCCCGGCAGUACCCCUCUGGUGGGCUGGCUGCGGCCCUACAUGGUGGUCGACAUCCUGGGCAUGGAGGUCCCAGUGGGGCCCCUCACCGCCAAGCCCGAGUAUGCCGGCCACCAGCUGGCCCAGAUCCGGGAGCACAAGAAGACCUCCGACCAUGUCCGGCCAGGGGACCUGAACGGCCGCUACGAGCUGGAGCACCUAUCCACCCCCGACCAGGAAAAGGGAGAUGGCGACGCCGCCACCUCGCCCCGCAGCAGACCGCUGAAGGAAUCUCGCAUGGAGACCUCAGAGAAGAGCGCGAGUUAGCUAGCUACUGAAGGCUACAAAAAACUUCAGACUACUUUGUGGGGAGUUUUUUUGGACAGUUACAUUGCAUUUAAUGAGAGGGAGUUCAAUGAAUUAGCAAGUUAGUCACUGUGCUUCAUUUGGAGCGCCCUGAGUUCAGGCAUCGCUUGGCUCACCAGAGCUGUAUCCACAUUUUCAUUACACUGUGCUAGUUAGUGUAAUGCAGUGGAUUAGACUAUGUAAAAUGCAAGGACCCUGUUAAAGAAGACGGUUUGCCGGACAUCGAUUAAACGCAUUCCUAGAUUAAAAAACACUUUCAAUGUCAUUUUUCCAUUGAGGGACCACUGGGGCUGGGAAACUUACUUUAGUGUUGCUGAAAUAAACACGGUUCUUCUGCUCAUUUUGCCAGGCCUUGUGAAUGGACAACUAUGUCAUUGCACUUUCAGAGGUACAAUAAAUAACACAGUUGGUUACACAGGCCCUUUAGACCUAUGUUUUAAAUUGACAGCGUCUGUCGUGGUUAGAUGUGUAACAAAUGCAAAAGUGAAAGUUGAUUCAUCUGAUUCUUUUAAGUGUAUGUUUUCUGAUGUUUAUUAAAUUGUUUUCAUUGACUUUUCAA